UAUUUCUAAUGCGAGUAUUAUUGAUGAUGUCACGGCAGCUGUAUAUUGUUUGUGAAAUAUAAUUGAGCAGUAGGUUAUUUACUGUCAUGUAAUUCGGACGAGACAUUUUAUUUUAUACCCGGAACGAUACGAGCUCUUACACUAGCUCCCUUCGACCUUCCGCGGCUUCCGUAGAUCGGCGUGAACUUAAAAUGGCUGCCCCUAUUGACAACGAUCUGGUUGACAAUGAUUUACCUAAAGCUGUUCAGCUGCUCAAUAAUCUCACAGAACAGGUGACCGUAGUUACGAGUCAUGUCCACGUGCUGCUGACAAAAGUCAAAGAUGGGACAUUUAAGACAUCUCAGGGUUUGUCUUUCCUGGACCUUCGCUAUCACCUGCUGCUCUUCUACCUGCAGGACCUCACUCACCUGAUCAGCAUUAAGACUGAAGGAGGGAGAAUCAGAGACAGUGAAGCUUUGAACAGACUGGUCACUGUCAGGACGGUCCUGGAGAAGAUGCGACCUCUGGACCACAAACUGAAGUACCAGAUUGAUAAACUGGUGCGUACGGCGGUGACAGGCAGUUUAGCUGAAAACGAUCCUCUGCAGCUUCGUCCUAAUCCUGAAAACCUCAUCAGCAAACUCAAUGAAUCUGAGAAGUCUGAAGAUGAAGCUGAGAUGAAGGCGGCCUCAGAGAGAGCAGCUCAGUCUAAUGUCAAGAAAUAUGUACCACCAAAGAUCGCCCCAGUGCAUUAUGAUGGAGACAUGGCAGAGGCUGACAGGAAAAAGGCUCAGGUGGAGCGUCAGCGGCGAGCGGUUCUGAGGAGCUCUGUGAUCCAAGAGCUGAGGCAGCAGUACAGCGACGCUCCCGAGGAGAUCAGAGACCGACGAGACUUCCAGAGUGAACGGGAGAGUCGAGAGGAGACACACAGGAGAAAUUAUGAAGAGUCGAUGAUGGUGCGUCUGAACAUGCCGAAGAGUCAGAAGAACAGCAGGAAGAGAGGCAUGAUGUCCAUGUCGGGUCAGCUGAGUGGCAUCACACACUUCAGUGACAUCACAGCACUGACGUGUGGCGAGGCCAGACAGGAUGGAGAGAACAGUCGUCCCAAGAAAAAGAAGAAACUCAUGAAGAAGAAAACCAAGAGAAGAGCUUUCAGGAAACACAGAUAGACAUGAAUUGAGGCAUCCAGUGAAGUUUGACUCUCUGAUGGCGUGAAGACAAACAGUCAUUAGACUAUACUGUUCACUGUAUCCUCACUGAGUCUGUUAAAUACAUUUAUACAGUGAAAUAAACCUUUACCAUCA